AUGGAUGGGGGUGGCGAUGCAAGAACCGUACUCGCCGUCAGUACCAUGUGUACAAACCACCAGCAAGACAGCGCGGCGCCUGAGAAUCUUCCUUCAGAUCCAUUCUGCCAGAAAGAGUCUUCCCGAGGAAGAUGGUGCCAGCGGCCAGAGUGGGCAUUCAAGGGCUGGUAUCUCCUGCUCGCACAUAUGAUUGGCAGCAUCGCACUGGCCUUGACCGUGGCCUUGGCUAUCAACGGCUAUAACGCCAUCGACACCUCAACGCCUCGAUAUUUCAACAGCAAGCUCCAUCUAAGAGUUGCCGAUGUUACAACUCUCGUUUCGGUAGGCUUGGUUGUCGUCAAGUUCUUCACUACCUCGUGGGCGGCUGUUGCAAUAUGGAAAUGUUCCCAAAUAUCGAAACACGACAAACAUAGCACUGCCUUACGGAUCGGUCAUUCGCAGCUUCCGCUCAUGCAGGCCGAUAGACUGUCUCUAAGGGCUAGAUACCCCUCCCGGCUACCGCGAGAAAUCUGGAGCUGGAUUAUCCGUUCGAUAUACCUGUGUAUGCAUUUCCAACAGUUCAUCGCGCCUAUUCUCUCAGGAGCGGUGAACUGGAACCCGGUUUCUGUUCCUGGAAGCACUAGAAAAUCAGUAAACUCCACGGACCCUACUUCUUCUGCCGUUUAUUGGCAACAAUAUCCAGGCUACUCCGACACAGCUGUUGCCGUGAGGCAACAAGUCCUUGCGAAAGCUCAAGGGCUUGCUAACAUGGCGUGGUCCGAUAGCUUGACUCUCUCGGGAAACGGAAGCUCUUUGACUGGGAAUGGAUGUCGCCAUGUUGUCAACAAUGAUGGUCUAACCACUAAUUCAACGCUACUAGAUUCAAUCGUCCCUUGCAUCCGAAUCCGGAACAUCGAGUGGGCAAAGUCAGCUAGUGAGGUUUCAACCUCUGUGGCCAAUGAUGUUUUUUCCUACGCCUCAUCGCAGCUCAGCCUUGUAAAUACCAGUCUCGACCUCUUCUCAGUGAACCAUGGUCAAGCAAUGCUCUUCGACCCCAAUUUACUCUGGAACUCCUCCACAACCGGCCUUCCUCACUCUACACUUGUCUCCGGCCCCCAAACUCUAACUGUCAUCAUUAGUGGCUUCGGCCCAAAGUCAGAUUGCACGAACAUUCCCAUCGGCAUAUUCGGUAAUGCCAACAUCCCGCAGUAUCUCUACAAGUGGUUUUAUAACUGCCAUGCCUUCGCCAAUGUUUCUAUUACAGCCGGUGUCACCAAGAGCGCAGUGAGCGCAUAUGUCUCAUCAAAUGUCAUCGAGGACCAGACGCCCAUAGACCAAGUUACUUUCGAAGCUAAUCUAUGGGUUCAGGAGGCACUUUGGCUUCUCCCGGACCUGAUGACCCAACUCACACUUGCGAACGCCUCACAUAUCCCGACCUGGGAUAACCUUGACGCAUACGUCGAGAAUGUUAUCCGCCAAGCCUAUCUCGCAGCUUGGGAUUCUCUCCAUCAAACCUUCGACGACACGACGGUUACCAACAGUACAAUCUCUACUGCUGUUUCUGCGGUGUCAAGGAUCCAAGCCAGCGUCUCUAACGCACGAGUAUCUGCCUGGUUGGGAGUCUCUCUAAUGCUCGGCGGGAGCUUUCUGCUAGAUGCACUGUCAUUCUCCGUCCACGAUCCGGAUGGAGAGGUUAGUGAAGACAUUAAGGAGGAGAAGAGUGAUUGGCAGGAAUUUGUGAGGAUCAUGGUUGGCGGGAUCUUUCCUAGUUCGUGCUCAUGGUAA